AUGGCGCCUCAAUUCAACCCAAAUGAUUUCUCCCGCUUUAUCGAUUUCGAUAUCUUCGAGACUAUCUAUAAAGUUGUCCAGGGCCACGAGAUCGCUUGCCACAUCCUUGUCCCAAAAGCGUUAGUAGAACAAGCUCGGGAUACACCAACCAGCCCCAGGCCUAUAAUAUUCCGAAUCCACGGCGGUGGCUUUAUAUCUGGCUCCAGUCUGUUCCCAGACUUCUUCGCGCCCUGGCAUCUUCAGCUUGCAUUACGUCACGAAGCGGUAAUCGUGAGCUGCGACUAUAGACUGGCACCUGAGGCCAACAUAGAUGAAAUCAUUGCAGACAUUGAUGACUUCCUGACCUGGACCUGCACCAAGCUCCCGGAAUUCAUCAGCAGUAGAGCCAACGUUCAAGUCGAUACUACCCGUAUCCUAGUGGCUGGAGAUAGCGCAGGCGGUUAUCUCAGCCUCAUUACGGGCCUAAAUCAUGCCUCUGAUGUUCGAGCUGUGACAGCAUCCUACCCCUUGGUUGACGCCAAAAGCCGUCACUUCAGUGAGGCGUAUGAAAAGCCAAUGUUUGGGUUCCCGCAAAUGCCAGCAACCCUAAUAGAUGAGCACAAGGCCAAGGUGAAAAAUGGGGAAGUUGAUUCCAUUAUUACGGCAGACCCCCAGGUCCAACGUGCCGCGUUGAUGUUCAGCUAUAUCCAGAACGGCAAGUAUGGAGAGUUAUUUCCCUUUAAUCGGAGAGAUCUUUUUAUUCUGGACAAAAUCGAAGACGGUGCUCGAUUUCCCCGAGGUGGCGUGUUUGUCUGGCACGGCAAUGAGGAUACCGUUGUGCCGGUGGAAGGUAGUAUCAAGCUAGCGGACAUGAUCAAGGAGCUUGACCCAGAUCUUACCUUUACGCUUGCUGUACGUGAGGGUGAGCAUGGUUUUGACGCAACCUCAUCGAUUGAUGAGCCAUGGUUUUCUAAAGGGCUAAAUCCUUUAGUUCAUGCUUGGCUAGCAUAG